AAUUUCUGCAAAGAAGUAGGAGGUCAUGGGUUUUUGGGAGGAUUACGGGCCUCUCAUGGCUAUGUUGGCCUUGCAGUUCACCUAUGCAGGUGUUGCUCUAUCAACAAAAGCUGCUCUUGACCAUGGAUUAAGUACCAGAGUAUUUGUGGUUUACAGGCAAGCCAUUGCUACUCUUGUCAUCACACCCAUAGCUUAUUUCCACGGAAGGGGAAACAGGGCAGCCAUUGGACUGAAGAGCUUCUGUAUGAUGUUUAUAGCUUCACUUUUUGGGGUAACAGCGUUCCAAAAUUUAUAUUUUGAGGGUAUACAUUUGGCAUCUUCCUCUGUUGCAACAGCCAUGAGUAACCUUGUUCCUGCACUUACUUUCAUAGUCGCAGCUUUUCUUGGAUGGGAGAAAGUGGAUAUUAGAAGCAUUAGAAGCAUUGCUAAGGUAAUUGGGACCUUCCUGUGCGUUAGUGGAGCCAUGUUCAUGUCAUUUCUGAAAGGUCCAAAACUAUUGAAUACCAAAUUUUCAACAGAAGGAUCAAUUUUUCUCUUUGGUACCAAGCACUGGUUGACAGGAUGCCUCCUCCUCAUGUGCUGUUGUUGUUGCUGGACAUUUUGGAUGAUUUUUCAGGUGCCCAUGUCAAAGCAGUAUCCAGAUCACCUCUCUUUAUCUGCUUGGAUGUGUUUCUUGGGAACUUUACAAUCAGCAACUCUCGCAUUAUUUUUAGAACCAGAUCCAAGGGCCUGGAAUCUCAAAUCCAACAUUGAAUUUUUCUGUGUUUUCUAUACAGGGACAAUAGGAUCUGCUCUCUCAUAUUUUGUUCUAUCUUGGUGCAUUUCCAAGAGGGGGCCACUCUUUGUAUCAACAUUCAGUCCUAUGUGCACUGUGAUUGUGGCCUUUUUUGCUUGUUUAUUUCUACAUGAGGAACUUUACACAGGGAGCUUGCUUGGUGCAAUAACUGUUGUGGCUGGCUUGUAUGCUGUCCUCUGGGGUAAAGCAAAAGAUUUAGUAAACACACACACAGAUGGACAGCUGAUAAAUGAAUCAUCGGAGAGUUGUAAAAUCGAUCUGCAGGAACCUCUUUUAGAGAAAAAAUCCCAUGGUGUUAAUGGGAGAUGAAAAAUAUACUUUGGAGAAUGAAAGAGAUAAAACAAUGAAUAUUAUAGUGCUGAUGAAAGAAGGCUGCCUCUGUUUCCAUCAACACUAAUUUCAUAUUUUGUGUUUAUGGAAAA